GACGUUAAUUCCAUUGUAUAUAUCAUAACAAAUAUGGUAGAUGACAAACCGUUUUUUGAAAACAAAACAUUUUUGUGUUUUUAGCUGAAGACGCACAUAACAUUUAUUAUAAACAGAUCAAUUUCAAAAUAGUCAAAUGAAACACGUGGUUGCUUGCAUUUUGCUUCUUAUUAUAUUUUUGUAUACUUUUGAAUGAAGACUCAAAUUUUGAAUAACAAUAUCUUCUCAUAUAUUUCCUUACGACAAGAGUAUUCUAAUACUAAGCUAGUAGAAGCAGUUCGUUCUCGUUGUAUAUCACAAAGACUUCCUCAGGCUAUCCAAGAAAAUGAAUUGAUAUUUGGAAAUAUUGAUAAGAUAUUUGCUGCUCAAUGGCUUGAUGAGCUACAUGUGAUUUGUGGUACAAAAUGCAACAAGCUUUUAGUUCAAAAUGUCAUUUCAAAACAACUGUGGGAAAUCCCCACACUGAAAGGUUCUGGCACAACUCCUUUUCCUGAGAAGAAUUGUGGAAUUCAUAGCAUUUCAAUAAAUCCAAGUUCAACAAGACUUGCUACAGGAGCUCAAAAUCCAAAUGGAGUUGCAUUUUAUAAACUUCCUGGUAUCGAGCCAAUUGCUGUUGGAGAGUUUCACACAGACUGGUUAUUUACAUCUUCAUGGAUAGCUGAUGAUGUUAUUGCAACAGGUUCACGUGAUAAAUGCUUGGCAUUUUGGGUAUUAAAAGACAAUGAUCAAAUGGAUAAUGCAGAAUCUUCAAUAUCAUUCAUCAAGCCUGCAAAAACCAUAGAAAGAAACAAGACAUUAGACAAAGUUCGUGCAAUGACUUACAACCCUUUUUAUGAGAAUCUGACUACUAUUACAUCCAAUGGUUUUGUUCACAUAUGGGAUGUUAACAAUUUUACUCAGAUUGUGUGUCAUUCACUUCCUUUUUCAAAAGAAAAUGUAUGUAUAGCACAUGAAAAGACAAAUUUGUUGUAUGCAGUUGGUUCUUUGUCACAUGUUUCUUUACUUGAAACAAGAUCUGCAAGAGCUGUUGGUUCAUUAUGUUCAACUGAUCAAGGAGCUGGUGUACGAUCAGUCAGUUUUAACGACACUAUUGUUACAAUUGGGACUGGGUAUGGAUCCAUACUAUUUUAUGAUAUCCGUGUAAAUAAAAUGUUGGAGAAUGUUGAUGGUGUUCCGUUUUUCCAUAGAGCAGGUAGAGGCUGGCUGAGGCGUGAUUCGGUAUUUCGCGAAUUUUUUUGGGAGACAGAGUGUUAUCCAAACGCAGUCUAUGCUCAUAGCUAUCAACCAACUACAAUGAAACUUUUGACAGUAGGUGGUCCAUUAGCUCUUGGUUUGUAUGGAAAUUAUGCUGCUUACUGGGACUAAUAGAUUUUUUUUUUUUUUUUUGCAUUUAUAUAAGGUAUGCAAGAGUUUCAUUAUUUUCAAGUUGCAAGAAAGAAGAAAUUCAUUUUUUACAGUAGCGUUUAAUCUACUAUGCAUAAAUAAUGCAAUUAUGUUUUAAAUAUGUUUUUAUUUAUUCUUAUGUACAUAUAUAUAUAUAUGCAAUGUUAUUAUAUAUUAAUGAGUGAGGUGAGAGAAAAACGUGAGUGAGAAGAAGAGAUUCUUUUACAUACUUAAAAUAAAUUAUAUUUUAUGCAACGCUGUACUUUUUAAAAUAAAAUUAUUGUAAAAAAAUAUCUUUUAUACAUAAGACGUUUUAUGUUGUCAUGAAAGGGUUCGGAGUAAAAAAAACUUUUUCAGGCUUUUUCAGUCUAAUAUUUUACCGAAACAGUACCUUUACUAAAAAAAAAAAAAUGUACUUAAAUUGUUAGUUAGAACCCCUACAGACUGAGAUAAAACGGCUCUCAUAAAGCAAAUACGUAAAAAAAGAUAAACCACAAGCUUUGGCACUACAUACAUACUUUCAUGUUUAAUGGUCUGAAAAAAAAUCUUUAACAUCUUUUUCAUGGCAUACGUUAUUUAAUAAACUUGUAAUAUUACUACUACU